AACAAAACAGGUAGCAGUAACAGCCUAGCCCCAUACCGAGCUUGUAUAGAAGUGUCCUCGCCUAGAAAGUCUUCAAGCACGUCAAGUAACCGACGAUAUACGACAUAGACGAGUCACAAGAAGCACGAUGACCUCUACAACAACUGAGCUUGCGCAGCCAGCGCCUGCCCACCCCCGUGCCCAACGGCUUACCAAGCUCAUCGCAUGGUGCAAGAAAACCUCGCCCAAUUUCAUGAUUAGGGAACAAUUCGUGGGUUUCAAAACCAGCACCGAUGGGAACGUGACGGCAGUUGCCCUCAAAGACAUUCCCGCUGACAUGCACCUGAUUCGUGUCACACCGGAGCUCAUGUUCUCGGCCCGCGAUCUGAAGCGGAAGUGGCGCGCGGUUUACAACGAGAUUGAGAGCAAAAUUCGACGCUAUACGGGCACAUGCACGGCUGGCUUUCUCCCUGGCACCGAAGCUGAGGAGCCUGCUACGACGAUGGCCCUCUCUUUCGCCUUGCUUUUGGAGAUGGGCGAUCCUGAGUCGAAGUGGAAGCCCUAUUGGGAAAGUUUCCCGGAACAUGUGCCCAACAUCUUCGAUUUCGACGGCGAUUACUCCCACUUGGAAGGCUCUCCCUGGAGGGAGCAGCUGGAAAAGAAGCAAGAAGCGAUGCAACACAUCUUGAAAGAGAUCAUUCCCCCCAUCCUGGCAAAAAUCAAGGGAAAACUUGGUGUGGACGAUGUCGAGGGGACGUUGAAACGCGCCUACGGGCUCUGGCAAUCGCGGCAAUUGAAAGACGACGUCCACAACAAGCGGGCGCAGUACCUGGUACCGGUUCUGGAUUUGAUCGACGGGGAAAGCGACAAACUGAGCAAUGUGAUCGUGGACGAUGGGCCCGGGUCCACAGCUAUGCACGUGGAGCUCGUGUUGAAGAGCAGUCGGAAGAUCGAAGCAGGCGAAGAGCUGAGCCAGAUGUAUGAUAGCUGUAGUAAUGCCUCUUACUUGCACUGGUACGGCUACAUCACGGACAGCAUGGUGUUUGGAAAUCUCUCCCACAAGACCUUCAUGACCACCGCGCAACUGACCGCGACGGCGUUGGAGGCCGUGGAGGAGGAGGCGGCCCGGGAGGGGAAGGAAGGGACGGAGGAGAGGAAGAAGGAGGUGGAGGCCAUGACGGCGUUGAAAAAAGAUCUCUUGUCUCGGAUUGCUGGAAAGGAAAGGGCGGGCGGGCGUCGGUCGCUGGAACUCACGCACCGUUCGGAAGUCUUCGAGGAAGCGGCCUUUGUCCUGACCGCCAUCGCCAAGAUCGCCCUCUGUCCCUCCCUGGAACCCCUGGAGAAAGUCCGACGGUCUUUAUCUUCCAAUGACAUCAAGGACAUCCUGAAAAACGCGGACGAGAUGAUGACGGGCAUGGACGGAGAGACCUUGGCCCCAGUGGCGGUGGGGGCGGUGGAACGGAUUCUGUGUCAGCUCCGGCACGGUGACUCUUACCUGCGGGAUAUGGUCGCCUUGGACAAGUCGGGGGAGAAAGAGGCGAACCGACUCCUGAUCAAAGUGCGUAUGAGCGAGAAAUUCCUCCUGUUGCGGGCCCGGGCGGAGGUGUGCAAGAAAUUAGGCCUCACGGACCGGCAUGAACGCCCCAGGGUAUGUGAUAACUGUGCCACUUUCACCCAUUUGCGUGCCUGUGGGCAUUGUGGCACCACGGCCUACUGCUCCCGGCGCUGCCAAGUCAUGAAAUGGCGCGAGCACAAGAAAGCGGUCAUCCCGCCGGCCACGACGUCUUCGGUCGCGGCGUGAUGGGGAGGGAAGAAAUUGGGUGGGACCAAGGGGGCCGGGCCAUAGUGGAGGAGGAGGGGGAAGGGCGCAAAGACGUCGAGGCAAGAUACUAUGGAGGGAGAUCGCGAGGAGAGGGAAAGCCACUGGGAUAAGUAGGGGUGGAGGAGGUUCCUUCGAGUGGGGACAGGAGGCAGGGAAGCUGAUACAGCAAGCGAGUCCACAGUGGAGAGAGCUGUAGAGGGAUCUAGAGAGGGCAAGUGCAUGCAGUAACGUACUGUGAGUGGGUUGUCCGUGCCGAGGAAAAUGGAAAAAGAAAAACUUGAACAGGCACCAGGAAAUUAAAUGAACACCGCGGAGGCUCAUUGCCCUUUUCUCUGGUUGUUCUGCUGGACUGCAGCGCUGAACAUGCAUCUCGCGU